CUGAAAAACCAAUAUAGUGAUCAAACUUGGAAUUAAUUUAUUAGUUUUAUUGGCGCAAAAUAGUUAAAUAUUUAUGAACAGUGGACGUUUAAAUUUAAAAUAGACAUUAAUGUGACAACUUGACACUCCUUCACUGAAUAUGUAAACAUUUAAAGAAAUCGAGGAGAACUUUCACAAUGGCAAGUUCUUCAAUCAUUUCGACGUUCCUGCUUGUAGUUCUGAUUGCGGAUGAAAAAAGUGCCGGGAUUGGUGUUCCAUUGUUAAGUACCACACGUGUAAAAGCAGGUGGUGAGAAGAUUUAUACAAUGAACAAAGACUUGUCAGCGCCGCUUGCACUAACUUGACUAGGUGAACCCGUAUAUAUUCUAUAGGAAACCCGACAUCUUGGAAUGAGGGAUUUUUUUUGCCCGUUCGAGCGUGACUUUACCGAUGUAGGAGGAGCAGACCACAAUUAAUUGAUGUAUUUUAUUGAUUGCUCAAAGACCCAGAACGGAAUAAUUAUAUUCUUUUUGCGUUUCCAGGAUGGUAAUAGUACAUGAUUUGAAUGAAUAAAUAUAUAAUUACAAAUUGACAGUGGCAUGUAUUAGGCCAAAAGUAAAGAAAAUGUGUUUUUGAUGUAACAUAAGAAAGCAAAUGGACUGAUGUUCUAUCAAACCUGUUUCCAUGACAUUCCAUGUGUUAGCAUUCAGUCAUGAAAGAAACAAUUAAAUUUUACGGAAAGGUUUUACUUUAGGGUAAGGUUUUAGGAUAAGGGCGAAUAGAAUAAAAAUAAUGUAUAGCAAAAUCGUGUUUUGCUUAAAUCAGUUGAAUACGCUCAAAAUCGGUUCUGCAUCGCCAGUAUAAUUCACUCGAGUUUUUUUUUAUAUUCUAGCACCUCUUAAGCUGGUGGAAGAAACUGAUAGUAAUUUGCUAAUACAGCCAAGUCCUGUGUAAGUGGCAGACAAAGAGAGACAGAUAUCUGUUCAACUGCCUUCACGAGAUCUGUUGUGCAAUCUUCUCAAUGGACAACCUAUACGCUGGGGUGUGGUUGUUGUUCAAGAUGGCAAUCAAAACGAUGUCCCAUUUUCUGGAACUUUACAAGAAUUUAAAAGUAAGCCACUAUCGGUCUAUAAAAGAUGGUCACAGGUUAAGGAUGAUGAUCCAACUCCUGCUUACGUUGCAACUCCACCAGAUUGGAGUCCUAGAUGCUCACCAAAAGACAUAGGCAAGCGGCAGAAGAGGUCAGCAGAACCAACUCCCGAGACGUCUCAUGAAAAUUUUAUAGUUGGAAGUCAAGGAGAGUGCUCAGGUGUGCCAGAUGAUCAGUAUUGUAAUGGAGAAUUGCAACCAGGCAGAAGUUACAGGGCGAAGGCGUUCGUGUGCACUUCUGAAGGAUGCACGGAAACUAGAUAUUCUAUCCCAGUAUCGACCGAUUUGACUGUACCAAUAGCAGCUGGGACAUCAUCGGCGAUCGUUUUGUUGGUGGUUGUAGUUGUUGUUGUUGUUUUCAUUUUGAGGAGGAAACAGUUAGCCGUUUGAAAGAAAAAAGUCCUAAUCACCCAAUGUCAGCAGCAGAACAACAAUGUUGUAGACCAAAGAACAGGUACAAGAAUAUUCUUCCAUUUGAUCACUCGAGAGUGAAGCUGCGGUCAUCAGAUGGCAUGGAAGGAUCUGAUUAUAUUAACGCAAACUACAUUCCGGGAUAUAAUUCUCGAAGAGAAUAUAUUGCGACCCAAGGUGCAACGUUUGAUGAUUUCUGGCGAAUGAUUUGGAAGCAAAACGUAGAUACAAUUGUGAUGCUGACAAAGCUUAUGGAAGAAGGACGACAUAAGUGUGAUGAGUAUUGGCCGGACUUAGGUGAACAUGCAUUCUAUGGUGAUUUGGUUCUGUCUCUUCAGUCAGAAUCGAAUCUGUCAGACUACACAAUUAAGAUAUUUGAAGUAAAAAUGAAAGAGGAACGGAAGACGGUCAGGCAUUUUAGUUACCUAAAAUGGCCGGAGAAGGGUUGUCCCGAAACUCCAAAAUUAUUGCUUGAGUUUGUGAAAGCUGUACGACAGUACACAAAUCCAGAAAAGAGAACGUCAACAGGGCCGACUGUUGUGCACUGCAGUGCCGGUGUAGGACGAACAGGGACAUUUAUAGCUGUUGAUUACUUGUUACAACAUAUCAAGGAUCACGACGAGGUUGACAUAUUUAGUCUUGUCCUAGAAAUGAGGAACCAUAGACUCAGUAUGGUACAGACAGAGGAUCAGUAUGUUUACAUCCAUGAUUGCCUGAAAUAGUUCAUUACAACUAAUACAGAAGAAGACGAGAAUAAAGAUGAACAUGUAUACGUGAAUACUUCUUUCGGAGCACAAGAGGAAACUAUCUAUGAAAAUUCAGGAUAUCAGAAGGAUUGAGGAACAUAAAAACGUUACUUAACUUGAUACACUGUAUGCAUGUGUGCUACAUUAUUAUGUGUGAAAUAUGUAUUUGACAGACAUCACUUUCUGUAUUGCCUUAUAUGACGCUAUACAAUUAUUGUGCGCUAGUAUAGAGAGCUUGUAGGGACCUUAUGGAGUAACCUUUUCGCAGUUCACAAGUAUUCUUCUGUAGAUCCUUCCUGAUCAGUUACAUAAAUAUGUCAUUGUGUGACGGCCAUUUUCUCAUCAAUCAAAGAAGUACAUCAUAUCAUCUUGACAUGCAACGAAACUUUUUUCACUGAUAUCUUGACUUUUACCAUCUAUUUCCGUUCAAAUACCGAGUACAUAUUCAUGGUAUACAUAACUCAUACUAUCAGGAAGUAAAAUUCACAGACUGCAUAUUUCACUGAAAAUAGGUCCAUUUUUUUCAAAUGUUACAUUUAAAUUCACAGAUUGCAUAUUUCACUAAAAUAAGUCCAUUUUCUUUCAAAUGUUACAUAUGAAUUCACAGAUUGCAUAUUUCACUGAAAAAGGUCCAUUUUCUUUCAAAUGUAACAUAUCAAACCAAACAUAUAAUCGGUAGGAAAAUAUUACAUUUCCAAUCAAGUUUCUUCCCAAUAAUAUUUGUAAUACGAAAA